AUGGCUACACCGGACGGCGCGGAGGAGCGCGUGCCGCAGCGGGGCCGAUCUCAGAGCGACCCGAGCGUCCUGACCGAGGCUCGCGCCGAGCUCGCACACCGUGCAGAUGCCAUGGAGCAGCCGAGAACGCUUCACUCUGGUUGUAUGGUGACGGGGGUCCGCACUCCACCCAUCCGCCGCAACAGCAAGCUAGCCAGCCUGGGGCGCAUCUUCAAACCUUGGAAGUGGAGGAAAAAGAAAAACGAGAAGUUGAGGCAAGGCUCUGCAGGCUUGGAAAGGAAAGUGUCAUCACGGCAGAGCCGCGAUGAGCUGGUGAGGAAGAGCGUGGCAGAGACGGGCACAGGUUCUGGUCUGGCGUGUGGGGGGAGCUCAGAGGAACCAGAGAUGCCGACUCAGGAAUAUUCGGACUGCGAGGAGAGAGAAGAAGAGGCCAUGGCGCCGCUGGCCAGCAACACAGAGGACCUGGGGUCAGACGAGGACAAUCCUUCCACAGUACAAGAUGCCACAGAAUACACUGAGACCGCAGAGGAGAACACCCACAAUGAAGAAGAAGAAGAGGAGGAGGAAGAGAUUUCAACAUCUGAACCAUCCAUCAGUGACGGCGUUCCUCUUGCCGAAGUCGUCCGUAGCGUGGAGGAGUUGAAAGCAGCGCCUGUGCUAAGAGAAGUGCGCACUCCUCCUCCCAGAGUGCCUGCAAAGCUCCUGCCCAGGCUGGGGAGUCUGGACAGUUCACACCCCACACACCAGACACGUCCGGCUCCAGCCACACUUCCCAGGAACUUCACUCUUCCCAAAGACACGCUGAGGGGCCGGAUAUCCACCCCUACAGGCUCACCACACCUGGGCAACAUGCACCCGCUGCUUCCCCCUACCUGCAUCAUCGAGGAACUACACCGAGCGCUGGCCACCAAGCACCGGCAGGACAGUUUCAACAGUAAAGAGGUGCGCUGUUCGCCGAAGCGCCGCUCGGACGGUCACGUGUCUCGCACCUCCAGCACGGACAGCGAGCCGCAGGGAGGAGAGGUGGAGAGCAAGAAGGAGGCGGAGGAGAAUAAAGAGAACAUGGGUCUGGAUGAGUACUACAGCGAUCAGGACAGCUGGAACGAAUCUGUGAUCUCGGGGACACUACCACGGCGGAUAAGGAAAGAGCUGCUGGCGGUAAAGCUGCGUAACCGACCCAGCAAACAGGAGCUGGAGGACAGGAACAUCUUUCCGGUGCGCAGUGACCAGGAGCGUCAGGAGAUCCGCCAGCAGAUAGAAAUGAAACUGGCCAAGUUACACAUUCAGCCCUCCAGGCAUCCCAAAACCUCGAGCACACACUCCUUCUCCAGUGCAGUCAUUCUCCUGGACUUCCUGUGCGUCUGGGCCGGGGCAUUAAGACAGUUCACUGCGUUCCAAGGGUCUCUGACUCGCAUCUACGCUCCGACACUCCCUUCAGAUUCUGCGUCGCUCAGCCUCUCAUUGCUCUGA